CAAUUGACAUUUACCAAAAAAAAGCGACAGUCGGAAACCGAAUGGUGCAAAGAAUUUUCAAUCCUAAUUAAUUGAUUUGUGAUUUCUAAGUUCACGUUUGAUCAAUUAUUUCACGUUCUAAAGUUCUUUUUUCUUAAAUAUAGUCGAGUUAAAAUGUCGGGUGAAACGCCAGUACCUCCUCCCGUUCUAUGGGCACAGCGCAAAGAAGAAGUGUUUCUCACAUUUAGCAUCGAAUCCAAAGAUCCGUCAAUUAAAAUAGAAAAAGACUCUGUCUAUUUCAAAGGUAUUAACGCGCAAGACAAAAAGGUUCACGAGGUGACAAUUCCAUUGUACGAUGCGGUGGUUCCUAAAAAAAGUGCCUUUGUAAAUAAGGGACGUUGUAUAGAAAUGGUGCUAUCGAAGGAAAAGAAAGAUGCUCCUUACUGGCCAUCGCUGACGAGCGAUAAAAAGAAGCCACACUAUCUCAAAAUAGAUUUCAAUAAGUGGAAAGAUGAAGACGACGAGGACGAAGACGCCGGCGGAGCUACGUACGACAUCGAGGAGAUGCUGCGCUCCAUGGGCGGCGGCGCCGGCGACCGCGCCGACAAACCGUCCUUCGACGAUGUCGAGAGCGAUUCCGACGACGAAAACUUACCCGAUCUGGAAUGAUGUGUCCCGUAGUGCUUACGCUUAUAUUGAAUUCAGUACAUGUAUAUUUUAAGGUUUUUACAGUUAUAAUAAAAUCUUUGCAAAA